CGACAGUCAUUCUUGCUGUGCAACUAGAUGAGAGUUGUCUUUUUUUCUGAAGUUCAGUUGAGCUUUUUCUUAGUUUAUGAAUCAAUAUUUUUUUUUUAAUUUAAUUUUUGUAAUUACUUUUAUAAUUGAACGAAUACAAAAUAAUCGAAGGCCACGAGAAGUAUCAGUGAAAACGAAGCAAAGUUCGAAUUUGUACCUGUACAGAAUCAAGAAUUUCAGAAAUGGAUGAAAUAAUGCCUGUCGUAUAUGAUAUUGCUCAACCGACUCCAGUACCAUUGAAAGACCUGUCGGCCAUCGCAGUUAGCCUGGUAAUCUGGCGCCAUGAAAUACGCAAACGUCGCACGAGCAACACAAUAGACAGAUUUUCUUCAUUCUCUUGGGAUAUCUCUUCAAAUUCUGUAUUACCCCCUGGUUGGCCGUCAGUAGUUUACGAUGUAAUAGACAAAUAUAUGCCAAGAUUUGGACCAUCAGCGACGACAUGGCUGUCUAGCCAGUACAGAACGACAUUUCGCUUACACCGCACACAUCAAAACUCUGUUUUGGAAAUCUUCGACGAUUUCGUCUUGGAUUACAGUGGCACCAUCGAUUAUGUGAGAACAGCGAAACGCAUGAUGGACUGUGACAGAUUUAGUCUGGAAGAAAAAUUCGCUAUAGCUUGUACUUAUUUUUUCGAAGACGAUAUCAGACGAAUCUGGCCCUCUGUAUUCCAGAGUUUCGACUCGAAUAGUAUGAGAUUUAGCAAAUGCCCGCAAUUGUAUUAUUGGAUAUGCUGCCUCAGAAAUGAAAGGGAUUACAUACCUAGACCUACCAAUAGAAACAGAUCUGUCGCUGAAGUUAUGCUUGACCGCCACAUGUAUGAGAAUAAACCGUCUUUCGAGUAUUUUUGGGGUCGUGUGUCUCUGAAAGCUCAAAUGAGAAAAGCCAAAUACACUAACGAUAAGAAAUUGUUAGUUACGUUCGUGCUAUCGAAACUAAACGAUCACCAACUCGAUGAAUUUAUUAAUACAGACGGUUGUAAAUUAAUAAUGAAUCUGCUAAACGAUUGUCUGCGUUGCUGGUGGUUCGUUCAACCGACGUGGAAGUUUAUGAAAAAUAAAAUGAAUGAAAGUACUUUUAAAACAUUGGUCAUCGAAAUGUUGAAACUCGAGCUGACGUCCUCGAUAGGAUGCAGUUGGAGAUUACCACAGAAUUGGUUGCAUUGUUGUUCGGAAAUUUGGAACGAUAUCCCGACUAAUGUAAAACGAUCGAUAGUCGAAGAUAUUUUAUCCAACGGGGGCUUUUCUCAGAAUGCAUCUUCACGGAAUGCGGAACAAUGCAAGAACGGACAUUCCGUCGAAUUUUUAUUGCUUGUUCUUUCAUCGGCCACUUUUGAGCAGAGAAGCGCAUUUUGGCGCGACUGUUGGCUUCAUUUGAUCAAAUGUGCUCGAAUAGAUGAUUUGAUACGCAUAAGGAAACUCUGUUUUGAAAAUGAAGAUGAAAUUACUCAAUUCAUGGGAAACAUUAUUGCUGUAAGUACAGAUCUGCGUAGAUGGUGUAGGGAACUAUUAAGUUCUGGGGGAUUCGACGAAGUGAACGAUUUGGUGGGUUUUUGUUGGCCCGAUAUUAAGGCAGCGAAAAGAUUCAAGCUGCAUCUUUUGCAAUCAACUGAUUUUUCGUCUACUCUUGUCCGAUGUGUUGACGAAUUAAAUGUAUUUAUCGACGGUACCUUCGACAAUAAAGAUCAAUCGUCAGAUUUUAAGAAUCAACUUAUGUCAUCUCCUGAAACUCCACGCCUUCUAUGGAAAUAUCUCUACAUGUCGUAUAUUUCUUUUGAAGCGAUGAUGAAAGCAGUGGACACGUUUGCUACGAGGGAGGAAACUUUACGUGUGACAAAAAUGGGUAUUAUUAGUUAUUUUACGCGGGCUAGUUCAACUGGUGGUCGUGAUUAUCGAUUCUAUUACCGCCGUAGCCUCAAAACACCUGUUUAUGGCCAAUUUUUAUUGUGGUUGUUGGGAAGUGCCGAAGAAGUUGAAAGACUCAGGCAGACUUAUGUUAUAUAGGAUUCUGCCAUCGUUGAGAGAUUUUUCUUCGGAAUUCAAUGUACUGAAACUGCCACUGUGUUUUGAAAUUUUACUAUUUGGUUAUUUUUAGAAGCUGAUCAUGUAGAAUUGUUCCGGUUAAUUGGGCUUUUUAGAUUUUUAAAUAGAUUGAGAUUUCUUUGAACUUAUUUUUAGCUGCGGUCUUUGAUAGUUUACUCACGAGUAAACAUAAACUGUGUGGCAAUUCACUAUUUUUUUUUUUUUUUUGUAUUUCUAGUCCAUAAAGUUUGUGUUACCUAAUGUUUUUAUGCUACAUGUGUACUUACGUUAAUUUUUAACUGCUAGUGCAUAUACAUUAAUCCUAUUUUCAUUUUUCAUGAACUAAAAUUUUGUUUACUUAUAACUACGAGUAGUUUUAGUUCAUUUAUGUACGCAAUAAAUAAAAUAAAUAGAUAAUA